CGUGCCACCUCUAUUAAGCCUUAACAACCUUGAGUGUUUAAUCUGCUGGUCUUUCAUAACCAUCUGCAGAGAGAAAGCAAAGGAUUGGUCGGGAUUCUCCCCUUCUUUCUUACGCACGAGCAAAGCUUGUUUUGUAAGGACAUGGUCAAAGUAUCCAUCAGUGUAAAGAUACUUUCUCGGCAACGACAUGUCGAAUGAGCGAAUCCUCGUGGUGGAUCAAGGAUUCGCAUUCCAGGUUCUCUUCUCCACUUGGUCGUUGGUCGUCCUCGUUAUGGGUGGGUACGUGAAAUGGGUGAUUAUUAGUCACAUGAUGAGCUCGGGCAAGAUCAAGAGCAUCAAUGGCAUGAUCAUCAUUGACCAACUCCUCAACUAUGGCAAUGGUCUGAUCCUAUUGGCGCAGGUCUUCUUCGUGCUGAAGCUGCAUAUGAGUGGUGCUCCAAAUGUGAUCGAGUCGGUCUUUUGCUCUGCGAUUGAUAAAUUGGCCGUUUUCUCUUUGAUGUAUGGACAUUACGGAGGUGCUGGCAUCGCCUUUUUUAGAACGACGUUCUUCGUCUGUCCCCGAGUGGUUCGGUUUUGGGUGGGCGAAAAGCAAUUUUGUGGCCUUAUUCUGAUUCCAGCCUUCAUCGCGUGCUCGGUGUUGGCCUUUUUCCUAAGUGAGAACCCCGUGUAUGAACAUAAUUACCACUAUCAGCUUUGCAUUGGGCAAUACGCUCGAUUAGCCAGCGAGGAUAAUUCGAAAUCUUUUGCUCGCCUUCUCAGAGUACGAAGUGUUCAAAUCGUCAUGAUCAUGAACUUGAUCGAGUUCUUUUGUUAUUUGACCUUCUUUCUAAUUAUGUACAAGCAUCAUGGAUCAACUGCUAAAGUCUUGUCUGCCUCAAUGAAGGAUCAAAUGGCGCAUCGCAAGCGACAGCAUACUUUAACUUUUUCCAGUCAUAUUUCUUCUUGGCUCAUCAAAGUGCUCGUAAUCGUGGUCCUGAGUCUAGGGAAAUAUGCUAAUGAAGGGUACCGACACAUUUCGAUCGAAAUAUCGCAAUUGAGUGCCCCCAUGAUCGACUUCACCAUCCUGCCACUGAUACAAGUCAUCAGUUCCCAAGAUUUUCGGCACAAAUUCAUCUCCUCCUGGCCAAACGUGUUCAAAUAAUAUGAAACGUAAGACAAAGUUAUUCUUUGAAUGUGGAAGCUAUUACAAUAUUGCAACUUUUGAAGUCAUGGGAAAACGCAAAAUGAAUACAAAUUCAAUCUUCCAGAACGUUUGGACCAAUCUGGCAUUUUCAUAAUACAGGGUUGACACUUAAAUUGAAUCAAAUGUUAACCUUCAUUUCAGCCAACUAAUUUCUUGUUCAUACCACUGAAGAUAUUCCAUGAACGUGAUUGUACAUUGUGCAUGUAGAUUAUAGUUAAUAUACAUUUGUCAU